AUGUUUGAUCGUCGGAAUCUCACUGGAAAUGGGAUUGGAUCACCCAUCCACAUAUUUGAGAAUCACAAGGCCGCUGUUCUUUGUGUACAGUGGUCUCCAGACAAAUCAUCCGUCUUUGGCAGUUCGGCAGAAGAUGGAGUCUUGAACAUCUGGGAUCAUAAUAAGAUUGGGGAACUUUCUGGUCCAUCCACAAAACCGGCACAAGGCUUAUUGUUCCGUCAUUCUGGGCACAGGGACAAGGUGGUUGAUUUUCAUUGGAACGCACAUGAUCCAUGGACAAUCGUUAGUGUAUCUGACGACAAUGAAAGUACUGGUGGCGGUGGUACCUUACAGAUAUGGCGGAUGAUUGAUUUAAUUUAUCGCCCACAAGAGGAGGUUAUAACCGAGCUGGAUAAGUUCAAAUCUCACAUUCUCACUUGCUCCUCAGAACAGAACUCUUAGGGUUCUUAAGAUUAUUAUCACCUUAAGUUCAUUGUAUGGUUGUUUAUCGUAGACUGUUGUUGUUAGCUUUUGAACUUAAACUGCAAAAUCGGAUUGCUUUUGGUAAGAAAAGGUGCAAUCUGCCUUAAAGGUUAUUUUAUCUUGUGUGUUAGUUUUGGAUAUCUAUUGUUUGAUCUAAAAACUUUAUAUUAA